UAACACUGACUUACGAAUGAAACGAAAGUGCUUGUGAUGAGCAAAGACGAUUAAAAAAGUGUCGAUAGGUCAAUAUUCUGCAGAAAUUAGCCAGAAUCUUCAGGUAUCUACAAAAUAUACUAAAUAAUAACCCUCGUAUGUGAGGGUACUAUGUGGUGGUGCUGUUCUUCUUCCGCUAGUUCAGGACCGAUGGCUGCGAUACGUAAAAAAUUAGUGAUUGUUGGUGAUGGUGCGUGCGGUAAAACAUGCCUGUUGAUCGUGUUUAGCAAAGAUCAGUUCCCGGAAGUGUAUGUGCCGACAGUAUUUGAGAAUUACGUUGCCGACAUAGAGGUUGAUGGAAAACAAGUGGAGCUCGCGCUAUGGGAUACGGCCGGUCAGGAGGAUUACGACCGGCUGCGGCCCCUGUCAUAUCCGGACACCGACGUGAUCCUCAUGUGCUUCUCGGUGGACUCGCCAGAUUCGCUCGAGAACAUACCAGAGAAGUGGACACCGGAGGUGAAGCACUUUUGCCCCAAUGUGCCCAUCAUUCUCGUCGGAAACAAAAAGGAUUUGCGCAACGACCCGGCCACGAUUAACGAGCUCCGCAAGAUGAAGCAGGAGCCGGUGAAGCCCCAGGAAGGCCGCGCCAUGGCGGAGAAGAUAAACGCGUUCGCGUACCUGGAGUGCUCCGCGAAGAGCAAGGAGGGCGUGCGCGAGGUGUUCGAGACGGCGACCCGCGCCGCGUUACAAGUUAAGAAGAAGAAGAAGACAAAGUGUUCUCUGCUGUAAAUGUGCUGUUGUCGCAAGAACUCUGAUUAUGAAUUGUUCGCAUACUGCCUGAAAACUUAAGUUUGAAACGACUCGAACUCUGCAGCAGUCGCGACGUCGGCCACACAGUGCUUCCUUCUGAUACUGAAAGCUGACGCGAUGUCGCGGCCCGCGUAGCACGCACACCCACUCAGUAUUUGUGUGGCUAUCCUUUCACAAUCGGUACUUGUAUAUUUUAUAGAUUAUCUAUAAAUAAUAAGCGUAAUUGCCUUAACAGAGUAGUCGGGGGCGAGGGUGGGCCCUCGUUCGUUGGGCUCACAAGAAUUUCGUGCUAUACUAUCAUGUUAUAUAAUCAAGUAGCAUUUCUUCAAUUUAUAGAUUUAUUCCUCGACCGGUGUCGUCUCAGCGAGACUUAUUGUUUAGUUUGGUAUUUUGUAUUUUAAUUUUUCAAUAAAAUAGUGUAUAAAUUA